CUUACAUAGGCCGUCUUCGUGUGCGGGCAUACGUGGGCUUCCGACUCUCCACCCGUCAGACCCCACCUUCGUUCGCGGGCCUCUUUGCUCGACCCCGCCACGCGGUGGAUACACCAGCACACUCGUGAGCGCCGCAUGGUCAUUAGGACUGCGCGCUGUGUACCAGUACUCCUCAUCCGACGCAAUAACGCAGUAACGACAACCCCACCAUGUCUCGCAAGAUGCACGAGAGAGAUGAGCAUCGGUGGUCCGAGCUUGUUCCUCCGCACAAUGCCCUUACCUUUGCCGCUGUAUGGGACCCAGUCGAGGGUAUGAUCGUCUUCUCCGGCGCGCAUCUACUGGACGCCGAAGGCGAUCGCUGCGUUAAGGCGAAUCUCAAGGCGGAGGACUCGCCUCGAGAUGCGCUUGAUAACCAGUCGCAAGCGCUGACGAUCGACCUGCUCGCGCAAGCGCUCACUAAUACGAGGUCCACCCCGUCACCAAUCCCAUACGACGACAUUCCAGGUCUGCGUGUGUUUCCUUGCGAGGGCCAAACGGACACGGAUACGGUCUUGGGUUCACAAUUUCUCCCUACUUGGCUAAACGUGCCUCCGGGAAUGAGCACCGGCUUCCAUAGUCCGGCUAUCGCCUCUUCCGCUGCACUCACAGGCUUCGCGCACGACACGGAUUCAUUCCGAGAGCCAGCAUACCAUCGAUCCGGCUAUCAGACUGCCCCCCCGCCGUUCAAGCGAAUGCCUGUUCGCUUCGAGCGGCCCUCCUGGUCGAGAGACUCUGUAACAGACGAGGGGUUCUUUGAAGGGCGUCAGCUGCCGACGGGGAGCUACGCAAGUCUGCCCGUCUUUGUAAACCUUAACUUGAACUCCGCCUUCUCCGUUACGACGACAUCGACAAACAACUACGUCGAAGUCGACUUCCCGCCCUCGCGCGAGCCCACACUCGGCCCACGCAAGCCGGCUGCGCGCGCAGACGAUGAGUCGUCAUGGGCAUGGGAGACACUGCAUGGUGUCGACCAAGCGUUCUGCCUCAAUAUCCCUCCCCCGGAGCGCCCACGGCGGCUCAAGAAGGCGCGCAGCACAAGCACCAAAGCCUUGUCAGGGUUCAAUUCCACGCCAACGUCGCCUGCACAUCCUGCCGAGGUGCUCGCGCGCCAGCAGUACAAUCAUGUCCAGCCAACGGGCACGCCGCGCUCUCCCAAUGCAUGUGCGCCAAUGUCGGUGUGUCGCAAGAACUCGGCCGCGCGGGCACGGGCGCUACUCGACAAGCUAGGACGGUGCGUAAAGCACGAGGAUGAAGAGGGCUGGGUGUGCGUCGAGGUGAAGCAAAAGGUUACGCACAAGAUCGCACGCAACAUCGUGUAG